UUUAGAAUAAGUCAAAUAAAAGCUAUCACCCUUUAUGUCCUUCCAAACUCCCCUGGUGGUGAGUUAGAUGCCAGCAGACCCCCUCCCCCCCAGCUUUCUGCUGUGUCCAUAGAACCCUUCACAUACAGGCUGGGAGCAUACCCCCUCCCCCAGUUUAAUUCUGUAUCCAUAGAACCCUUACUCACAAGCUGGGACUCCUCUUUCUUCCCUACCCCCUCCCCAUUAAAAAAAAAAAAAAAGAUUUAAAGAAAAACAGCUCCAGUUGUGUGAGGCCUACACACCGGGUAUGCAAGUCAGACAGCGUGAACUGCGAACACGAGUGGGGCCCUGGGUGGAUGCCCCUGCCGCCUCCGUGCUAACCUGCCUGGGCCGGGUGGGUAGAAGGGAAGAUGUCUAUUUUUGUAGGUUGGAAGGUGGGUUGUGUAGGUCUGGGAUGUUGUAGCUCAGGGAAUGGAAACCCGGCACCCCAGCAUUGGGGCUGAGGGGUUCUUCCUUCCCUUCCCCCACUCCGGGUUUUUUUUUUUUUUCAAAUUUAUUUUGCCCAGGCGGGGAUUGGCGACGGUCAAAAGGGAGCAGUUGGCACUGAAUGUCACCCUGAAGGUAAAAUGAAAGACAAAAGAGGAACGCAUGCUUGCUUUUGCAGCGGCUGCGGCGACGACGGAGGCAGAAGCAGCAGGAUUUAAAGGGAAAAAAAGAAAUCACACGCACAUACAUACAUCUAUACACACCCAGAGGCGUCGAUUAUGCAAACGCAGUAAUGCCAUCAAAUCCCGACAGUGCCGGGGAAAAAUUUUUUUUCAAAAAAAAUAAUAGAGAGAUAUAUUUAUUUUUUUUAAAAAAAGAGGGAGCCAAACGCAUGCAAAGAGAAACGUGCACAUACCACGCAACCACCCGAGGAGAACCUGGCAGCCUGUCUCCUCUUCUGCCAAGUUAUCAUUAAGAAAACAGGGAAGGCAUCAUGACGUCCUGGGUCACAGGGAGUGCGGACCGACGCUACCAAGAGCGAAGGGAGGCGCCUGGGCGCUCCGGCUAGCCGCGGGCGCAGCUCGGCCCCUCGCCGCCCGGCUGGGUGAGUGCUGCGCCGCUCGGGACGCGGACCCCGGGGCCCACGCAGGGCCGCUGCGCGCGGGGACACAGCCUGGGGCCGGGCCCUGGCCGCCCGCCGGCCGCCCGCCACCCCCUCGCCCCGCCGAGGUCGCGGGAGCCCAGCUCAAGGAGGCGUGUGUGAGAUGUGCGAUGUCCCUGCAUGGGGGGUUUGUAGACUUUCCUAAGCCAAAGCAACCGGGGCUGCCUCGGCUGCUUUGAAAAAAAAAAAAAAAAAUUAAAAAAAAAAAAAUCCCCGAGGACUCACCCGAUUAACCUGCUGCAGUUCUGACCCUGCCAAAGAGCUACUUGCUGGUUCAUCAAUGAAGCAACCCGAAGUGAUGAAGAUGUAAGGAACGCAUCCUACGCUAGCACUGUUGCAGUUGGAAAGAAGUGGCUUCUUCAAACUGCUGCUGCGUUGACUUCUUCACCAUGGUGGACCGUAACCCACAAUUGCUUCUCUGCAGAAUGUCAAACAAAGAUCGACACAUUGAUUCCAGCUGUUCGUCCUUCAUCAAGACGGAACCCUCCAGCCCAGCCUCCCUGACGGACAGCGUCAACCACCACAGCCCUGGUGGGUCUUCCGACGCCAGUGGGAGUUACAGUUCAACCAUGAAUGGCCAUCAGAACGGACUGGACUCGCCACCUCUCUACCCCUCUGCUCCGAUCCUGGGAGGCAGCGGGCCUGUCCGGAAACUGUAUGAUGACUGCUCCAGCACCAUCGUAGAGGAUCCCCAGACCAAGUGUGAAUAUAUGCUCAACUCCAUGCCCAAGAGACUGUGCUUAGUGUGUGGCGACAUCGCCUCUGGGUACCACUAUGGGGUUGCAUCAUGUGAAGCCUGCAAGGCAUUCUUCAAGAGGACGAUUCAAGGUAACAUAGAGUACAGCUGCCCAGCCACGAAUGAAUGUGAGAUCACAAAGCGCAGACGCAAAUCCUGCCAGGCCUGCCGCUUCAUGAAGUGUCUCAAAGUGGGCAUGCUGAAAGAAGGGGUCCGUCUUGACAGAGUGCGUGGAGGUCGGCAGAAGUACAAGCGCAGAAUAGAUGCUGAGAACAGCCCAUACCUGAACCCUCAGCUGGUGCAGCCAGCCAAAAAGCCAUAUAACAAGAUUGUCUCGCAUUUGUUGGUGGCUGAACCAGAGAAGAUCUAUGCCAUGCCUGACCCUACUGUCCCCGACAGUGACAUCAAAGCCCUCACCACACUCUGUGACUUGGCUGACCGAGAGUUGGUGGUUAUCAUUGGAUGGGCAAAACAUAUUCCAGGCUUCUCCACACUGUCCCUGGCAGACCAGAUGAGCCUCCUCCAGAGUGCAUGGAUGGAGAUUCUGAUCCUCGGCGUUGUGUACCGAUCGCUUUCGUUUGAGGAUGAACUUGUCUAUGCAGACGAUUAUAUAAUGGAUGAAGACCAGUCUAAAUUAGCAGGCCUUCUUGACCUAAAUAAUGCUAUCCUGCAGCUGGUGAAGAAGUACAAGAGCAUGAAGCUAGAGAAGGAAGAAUUCGUCACCCUCAAAGCAAUAGCUCUUGCUAAUUCAGAUUCCAUGCAUAUAGAAGAUGUGGAAGCUGUGCAGAAACUUCAGGAUGUGUUACAUGAGGCCCUGCAGGAUUACGAGGCUGGCCAGCACAUGGAAGACCCUCGCCGUGCAGGCAAGAUGCUGAUGACGCUGCCGCUGCUGAGGCAGACCUCCACCAAGGCAGUCCAGCACUUCUACAACAUCAAACUCGAAGGCAAAGUGCCCAUGCACAAACUUUUUUUGGAAAUGCUGGAGGCCAAGGUCUGACUAAAAGCCCCCCCUGGGCCCUCCCAUCCUGCACGUUGAAAAGGGAAGAUAAACCCAAGAAUGAUGUCGAAGAAUCUUAGAGUUUAGUGAACAACAUUAAAAAUCAACAGACUGCACUGAUAUUUUAGCAGCCACAGUACGAUGCAGCCUGCGGAUUCCGCUACAUCUUCCUGAUAGGUUUCCUCUACUUUAUCCCACGAUCCUCUGGCCACAUCCCUGCAUUCCUCCACUCUUCCUUGUUCUAUUAUUAUGUUUGGCUUCUUUCACUAAUAGUUCAUUUUCCCUCCUCCCCUCCCUUCUCUUCUCCCUCCCUCCUCUGUCUCCCCCUUCCUUCCUUUCUCUUCCUUUCCACAAUCUUCUCCUCUUGCCUUGCUCUCACCUCUCUUCGCUUUCUCACAUCUCCUCCCACUCUGCGUACAUAGUCAAUACCUCUGAUUGUAUGGAACAUUUCUUUUACCUCUUGCAUCUCUUCUCCGUCUCUUCCUUCCCCACUUUUUUUUGUUUGUUUGUUUGUUUCCUUUCCUUCCUUCUGCUGCUGAACUCUUAAUAGCAGUCUCUAACUGGAGAGAGAAAGAGAGAGAGAUGGAAGCCAGCCCUGCCAAAGGACAGAGAUCCAUACUAUGGAUGCCAGUGAACUUGUCAUGAACCAUGACAUCCCCAGUGAGUAAGGAAUCAAAGAGAGAACCGUACCUAAAGUACAUUGCAACGCAAACGGAUCAACUUAGUGCAGUAUUAGAUUCUACCGGGCAGCCUUCGAUCAGACAACCUAAGUGGCGGCAUUGGCUGCUUCUCCUUGCUUUCUCAUCUAGAUCAGUUACAGCCAUUUGAUUCCUUAAUUCUUUUGUCAAGUCUUCCAGGUGUUGGUUAGUUUAGCUACUAUGUAACUUUUUCAGGGAAUCCUUUAAGCUUUAUUCAUUCAUGCAAUACUAGAGAGGGGUAAGGAUACCGCAACCUCGUGCUGGCUUUGAACAAUUGAACACUAAUGAAGGACAAAUGAACCCUGAAGGAAGAUUUUUAAAAAUGUUUCGUUUCUUCUUACAAAUGGAGAUUUUUUUGUACCAGCUUUACCACUUUUCAGCCAUUUAUUAAUAUGGGGAUUUAACUUACUCAAGCAAUAGUUGAAGGGAAGGUGCAUAUUACCACGGAUGCAAUUUAUGUUGUGUGCCAGUCUGGUCCCAAACAUCAGUUUCUUACAUGAGCUCCAGUUUGCCUAAAUGUUCACUGACACCAAGGAUUAGAUGAUACCUGCCGUGACACCGAGUGGUCCCAUCCACGAGCACUGCACAUGGGAUCCCUAUCUGUAGAAUUAGCACCAGUACACCUCCCUGCCGGGAGGGACAGUCGCCAUACGGUUUCUAGCUGCCCUCGUGGUUAGGAACAAGAUGCUGCCUGUAUACAAACUCUGUCUCAGAAGGAGCUGUGAGCCAAUACCAUUUCAGAGGCAAUAAAGGCUAAGUGCCAGAAUUCAAACCAACCAACCAUCAAAGACAGCAGACGCCUGACCAAAUUCUAAAGUCCUGAUCCAUAGGAGUCGAUUCACUUAGGAAUGGUUGUUUAAAUUAACCUGCAGGUUUGUUUUGUUUCCUUGUUUGUUUUUUUACCAAAAGCUAAGCCAAUAGAUGUGCUUUUUCAACAAGUAUGGUCACAGCACGAAGGUCAGUCAGGUUUCAGACUGUAACCAGGUGUAAUCUAAUGAAGAAAUCAAAUGUCCCCUCCCGAAACCUACAGUCGCCGAAUAACCAGAAACCAGUAACCUCCGUAGAACGCUUUACCAAUGGACCAGUGUUAGUAGCUGCUCUCUGUAUUCUGUGGACAGUCUUAUUCUAUGUACACAGAUGUAAUUAAAGUUGUACUCCUAACAAACAAAAGAAUAGUUCAGCUUCAAUGUUCCAUGUUUGCUGCGCUUUUCUGAACUUUAUGUUGCAUUCAGAAACUGUCGUCUUGUUCUCGUGGUGUUUGGAUUCUUGUGGUGUGUGCUUUUAGACACAGGGUAGAAUUAGAGACAGUAUUGGAUGUAUACUUCCUCAGGAGACUACAGUAGUAUAUUCUACUCCUUACCAGUAAUAACUAAGAGAUUGAAACUCCAAAACAGUAUUCAUUACGAUCAGACACACAUCAAAAUCAUAAUAAUAUUUUCAAAAAAGGGAUAAUUUCUCUAAUGGUUUAUUAUAGAAUACCAAUGUAUAGCUUAGACAUAAAACUUUGAAUAUUCAAGAAUAUAGAUAAGUCUAAUUUUUAAAUGCUGUAUAUAAGGCUUCCACCUGAUCAUCUCUCAGAUGUUGUUAUUAACUCGCUCUGUGUUGUUGCAAACCUUUUUGGUGCGGACUUGCUUCCAAAACUAUUGCUACUUUGUGUGCGUUAAGCAAAAUACCUUGGACUGAGGGUGUCUCAGCCCUGUGCUAGGAAUACUGUGUAUCUAUCAUUAGCUAUAUGGGAAUAUAUCGUAGAUUGUGGUUCUCAGUAGAGAAAGUGACUGUAGUGUGACUCUAGGUAAAUCAUCAUUAGCAAUUCAUUCGGAUGGUCAAUAACUUGAAAUUGAUAGCUGUGAUAAGUUUUAAAAAAUUGGCAAAUCCCUGACUAAACAUCAACAGAAAAUACAACUCCUGGGGGGGAAAGGUGCUCAUCCUGUAAGAUUCUUUCAUCAUGUAAGUGUUUGAAACAUUACUUUGCAGAAGGUUUAUGCAGGGUUUAAGUUACUACCGCUCAAUAAUGCUAUAUAUACACAAAUGGAAUAUAGACAAUGUAUGUACCCACCGUUUCACUGAGUCGCAGAGAAGAAUCUGAGCUUCAGAAGCCAGAGCCCACAAGUGAUCAGGUGAGACAGAGGCACAUUUAAGGAAGGAGGUACAAUGUGUAGUUCUCCGUUUAAAAGACUUGGCCUUUUAAAACAACAAAUAUCUCACAACUAUGGUGAAAACAACAACAGCUUCAAGUGUGGAUCUAAAGGAAACGCACAGGUUUAGGGUAAAUACCAUUUGUACCUUGCUCGAGCAAAGUUUAUUGUUUUGUUUUUUUUUGUUUUGUUUUGUUUUGUUUUCAAGUUUCCAGCAAGACCGUUUAGUUAAUGCCAGCUGUCAGGAAGAUACCAAGGUGUAUGUUUUAGCCAUGCAAUUUGCAGUUUUAUUUUCCUUUUAGGUUUGUCCUUAUUUAAGGCAGUGCGAUUGUUUUGGCUUCUUGUAGUGACUCUCGUGUUUUAAUCAAGCCAGAUUGUUGUAUUUAUUCCACUAUUUUGCAUUUAAAUGAUGACAUAAAAGAUAUAAAAAAUUUAAAACUGCUAUUUUUCUUAUAGAAGAGAAAAUGGAUGUUGGUGAUUGUAUUUUAAUUAUUUAAGCAUCUCUGUUUACCUGCCUGGGACAACAUUUUAUGGCAGUCUUAUGUGCAAAGAUCGUGAAUGGACAAAACAAAAAAUUAAACUGCUUACAAUGAUCCAGGAGUUGCAUUAUAGCCAGUAGUAAAAAUAAUAAUGAUAAUUAAUAAUAAUUAAUAAUAAUAAUGAAACCAUGUCUAUAGCUGUAGGUGGGCAUCACAUCUGUAAAGCAAUCAAUUGUAUAUUUUUGUGAUGUGUACCAUACUGUGUGCUCCAGCAAAUGUCCAUUUGUGUAAAUGUAUUUAUUUUAUAUUGUAUAUAUUGUUAAAUGCAAAAAGGAGCUAUGAUUCUGUGACUCCAAUCAGUUCAGAUAUGUAACUCAAAUUAUUAUGCCUUUCAGGAGGAUGGUAGAACAAUAUUAAACAAGCUUCCACUUUU